ACAGAUAUGUAUUUUUUCAAUGUAUUGUGUGUAGAAAACAAUGAAACUACUAAAUAAAGCUCAAGUAUGAUCUCAAUAUGUGUUUCCGUUAUGGAGUUAUACUAGUUUUAUCAUAUAAAACGGACUGAAAUAUCUACACUAGAACAAUGGAUAAAUCAGGAGCGAUAACGUUUGACUACGACCCUUUUGAGGAUCCCGAGGGGUUGUCAUACAUAGAUUUUUUAAAGAAUAAAUUUGGCUGCAACGAGGCACCACCAGACCCUAUUGAACCGUACCCAAUAGUAUCCAGGCAGGAAUGGGGUGCGCUGCCACCAAAAGAUCCGGACAUGAAAAAAAUCAAACAACCAAUCCAAAUAGCGUUGUUUUGGAAAACCAAAACAGAGGAAUGCUACUCACAGGAUGAAUGUAAAAAGUUUCUACAGGAAAGGCAAAAGUACGAUUUUGAAGAGAACGAAUACAACGAUAUUCAAUAUAAUUUUUACAUCGGAGGAGACGGGACAGUGUACGAGGGCAGAGGCUGGGAAGUGGAAGCUGAUAAGGACAGCGAUAACUACGAAACAGCAAACAGAAGUGUGGACGUUGCUUACAUAGGCACUUUUGAAGAUAAAGAGCUCAGUCCAGAGCUUAUCAAAGUGGGGUGCGAUUUGAUCAUAUGGGCCAAGAAAAUGAACUUUAUGCACGAACACUUCAACAUCACCACUCUGUGGGAGGAUCAUGUUCAUAUAUUGAGACCGAAAUUCACAGGCUACAACCCCAUGGACGAUCCUGUACUUAGAGAAGAAGAAUACAAGGCGGAAUUUCCGGAACCUCCUUAGUUAUUAUUCAUUUAUAGGAUAAAUUUGAUAAAAAAGAACCAAGAAUACUUAUGAUAAGCUGAUUAAUAGUCUCAUCAGUAUAGCGGUAAACUAAUAAACUACCUUUAGUUAUUUCAUGUAGCUAUAAUGUAAACCUGUGUAUAUACUACAGCAAAACCUUUCAAUUGGCGUUGGUAUUGUUUAUAACAGUAAAAUAUUUUAAAAUGUUAUAACUUAAAAAAAUAUACAUCAUUACCUGUGUUAUAAGUCGGGUUGUUGAUCAAUAAAUAUGCUUGUAAACCAAAUAAAAAGUAAAUGUUUAAUAAUA